UGACACAAACAGUGAGAUGGGUCGGCGAGGGAGGGGAGGUAGAGAACGAAAGUGCAGUGCGUGAUUGCUGGUGAAUCUGGACAGGGAUGCAUUAUGUUGAAACCCGGCGUGCUGUAGCAUCAUCAACUCUCAGGUUUGAUCGAGCGGAUGGGGAUGGAGAGUCGCCCAUCGCUGUCAGGCACAUUCUUUUAGAUGUGCACGUCGUGCAUAGGUUUUUGCUCUGAACCGGAAUUGAGUUUCAUGCAUUAGGCUGCGGAGUCGGAUCGUUGAGGUUUUGUGCAGGCAGGCAUCUGCAGUCCGACGGAGGUAUCUGACUCACAGCCCUUCAUGGGGUCGUCUCGUGCGAGCUCGGGCUCCUUCUGGAUCCUGUCACUUUUCCUGGCGGUGUUGAUGCUUUCCCCUCUCUGCCUCGCCAAGUAUGAGAGACCUGCAAUAUCGGACCGAGAUUUAAAUAGGAGGAAAGAAGCUUGCUACGUCGACAUCGACAAUGGAUUGUGGGGUAGAGGAUGCCGUUCUUCUCAAAUCGCCAAAGAGAACUGCGCUUUGCGAUGUGUAUCAGGUGGCUGCUAUAACACAGUCUAUGGAGAAGAUCCGGUAUGUCCUGUGUAUUAAAAACUCAUUUUUCACUACAUCACACGGUGUAUUGCUCAGUAGAUGAUAUACAAUUUGUAACACCUUACACAUCUCCAGAAGCUUUUGCUCCCAAAUGCCUCAAAUGCCUCAAACCUGACUUAUCUUUUCCGCAUCAUGUAGCUCGAAGAAGGUGAGGUUGACAUCAGAAGAGGGCGAGAAUUUCGCAACUGUCUACGCAAGGAAAUACAGGAGGAGAAGAAAUUAGCGAAAGAGUAGAAGGCGAGAACAUGAUGUCUAACGUGAGUCUAGUGAGCUGUACAUAUUCAGGGAUGUUCAAGAUCUGUACAGUAUGCUCAGGACACUGAUCUUGUAAAUUUUCUAUUUCAGUUAUCCUCGCAAAUGAUGGUUCGAAAACCUUACUUUUCAAAGCAUUUAUCCGAGCUAAUCAUGUCCUCUUGAACAUCGAAACAUUUCAUACGUCUAAGGCAUAUAAUUCAAUGAUAUUGGUUGACCAGGUCUUCUGCAUGCAUGCUUU